AUGUGGUUGAGUUCAACCUCGGGAAUGUCCGAUUUACGGGGACACGGGAGGGAAAAUGAUUACGAAAAUCAACUGGUGGUUGCGUACAAUCUAGGGAAUGACCGAUUCUCGGGGGACGUCGUUCGGGAACCUCGGAUCGUGGGGUUCAACAUCGGGAAUGACCGACUGACGGUGACAAUAUCUUGGGGAAAAGGAGGAUGGAACGAUGCACGGUGA